CAAAUAUGGCCGACAAAAUGAGGAAAUGAACGUAAAUUAAUUCAUUUUGAAAAUAUUAGACACAUUUUAAGGUAUUUAAUAGUCAAAGAAGGUACUAAGACAUACUAGUAAUGCUAUCAGGAUUGUGACCCAUUUUAAAAAUUUCUGGCAAUGAAUAAUGGUACAUCAGUGAAAUGCUUUGGGUGGAAGAGAAAAGUUGGGGCCAAUGUGUCCAAGUCUGUCUCUACAGCUUUUGAAAAAGAAUCCAAACCAGACACCGACCCUGAAAUAGAGGAAGGGGAUGUAGACUGGUUAACACUUUUUCCAACAAAGAAGAGACAUGUGAUCCGUCUUGAGGAUGGGAUUGGUAAAGCAAAUAGACUGGUUCAAGAAGGCAGUGUUUUGGCAUCUUCAGAAAGGUAUUGGGAGGCCCUGAAGAAAUGGGAUGAGGCCCUGCAGUACACACCCUCUGAUGAGAAAAUACAUGAGAUGAAAGCUCAGGCCUUGAUGGAGCUGUGUGAGGUUUUCCCAGCGGUCCAGUCUGCACAGAAAGUUAUAAAGCUCGCACCAACCUGGUGGAUCGGACAUCAGACCUUAGGACGGGCUUUCCUCGGCAUGGGCGAAGUCAGAAAAGCAAUUCAGAGUUUUUCCCGUGCUGUACAUUUAAAUCCCGCAAACCAGGAGCUGCGAGAGGAUGACCUAUUAUGGGCUGUAUCGUUGCUAUGGAAACGGAAAAAAUUGGAGGAAGACAAGAUUCGACAACAAGAAGACUUGAAGAAGACCUCUGGUGUUAAAAUAACUGAGAUUAAACAAAGUGAUUGUGAAAGUGAUGUGAAUGAAGACACUGGUGAUACUGUUGUAGACAUUUAUCGGGGCACUGGUAAUAAAUUGGAAACUGAUACUAAGGUUAAUGAAAAUAUCAAGCGGUUACCAAGUAAUUAUGUGCAAAUGAGGGAUUUACCACCUUAAACAUUUCGUUUUAAGUGUAAUAAAGUAUAAAAUAUUUA